UGUAGAUGUCGCUCAUGUUAAAAUGGCAGCGUGUGCUGUUCGUAAUAGGAAGGCACGUGUGAAUAAAAAUAAAAAGAAGUCUUGGCGAAAACAUGUUGAUAUAAAAGAAGUAGAGGAUUAUUUAGAAGAAAAGCGAGUAGAAGAAAAGACAGGUGGUCCAGUAUCUGAAAAACCAGACGAAGCUUUGUUUUAUCUUCACAAAAAGAAUAAUCCACAAGAAAUUCCAGAUCCUGGAAAAGAAAAAAGCUGGAAAAAGCCACUUCGUUGUCAUGACAUCUUGUUGCCUAAUUCAGCUGUUGUCCCACCCAUCAAACCGUGCCAAAGAAGAUUUGUUAGUGGGAAAAAAAAUCGCCUGAGAGCAUUGAGAAAAGCAUCUAACUUAAAGAAGAAGAAAAAAUACCAUGAAGAGAGAACUACUAAGGAACCACAGCUUAAUCGACAGGUGUCUGAUCCUGAUAUUUGGAAAGAUGAUGAAAGCAAUGUAAAGGAGGAAGAUUUUGUAACCUAUUAUAAUGAAAUCACAAGAAAAAGAACACCAAAGAUUCCAAACCAUCAUUACCAGAAGCCUUCUCUACUCCCACCCAUAGAAGUGCCUCACCCUGGUGCCUCUUAUAAUCCAGCUUUUGAUGAACACCAGGAACUCCUACAGGAAGCUUUGACGAAAGAGAUGAAGCAUGAACAUGAAGAUAAAAAACUACAAAGAGCUCUAAAAGUUAACUUAUGUGAACCAGAGUUCUUACAGAAAAUGUGGCUGUCAGAGAUGUCUCAGGGACUGGAUGAUGUGGUUGAUGAACCUGAAGAUGACACUGUUGAAGAACAACUGAAAAGUUCCUAUAUUAGACCUGAAGUCAGAAAAACUAAAUCAAAACGAAGACGGGAAAAAGAACGGAAAUUGCAGAAAAAAAAAUCUGAUGAAGAGAAACUAAAAAGGAAGCGAGAUCAUGAAGUUUAUAGACUCCGAAGCAUUAAGCGUGAUAUUUCAUCAUCAGAGGAAAUGUCCAAGGCUCGUCAACAACGUAAACAACAAAUGUUGGCAGGGAAGAUGUACAGACCACUACGAUUAGGAAGAUACAAGUUUCAAGAACAAGACUUGGAACUAAACUUGACUGAAGAGUUAACUGGGAGUCUUCGAUCUGUGAAGGUUGAUGGAAAUAUUUUAGAGGAUCGAUACAAGAGUUUUCAAAAGAGAAACAUAAUUGAGCCCAGAGUGAGACAAAAGAUGAAACGGAAAUACAAGUUGAAAAGGUUAGAGAAGAGGAGCCACAGAGAUUUUAAGUAGACCAAAGUUGAAUUUUGUUGUUCUUAUUUGAAGAUCUAGAGCUCAAAGGUGAAUAAACCUUGUUGUAAAAAAGGA